AUGUAUGAUCAGCUUUUUGUCGAUCAAAAGCUUCAAACACAAAAGAAGAAAGUAAACACAGAACAACAACAAACAAAACGUAUAAAAAUGGUCACCACACCUCUUCAGGCUAUUCUCAAAGAUGAUAACGAAAGUGUAUUAAAUACAUUAAGAAAAGGGCAGAGGAUUGCAUUUGAUGUCUUAUUAGACAUCUCUAUCAUCAUAGAACUCAUAGUGAAAGAUUAUUCACAGAGGCCAGUAGAGGAACGAAGAGAGUACGAAUUCCUUUCAUACCAUCACUUGUCAUUUGUUUACAGCCAUUUCUUUGGUAAAAGACCAAGAACUUCUUCAAGCGAAAAAAGUAUCUGGCUUGGUAAAGUGGAGCCAUUGGAUAUAGUGGUCACAGAAUGCCCACCACAGAUGAGAUCAUUAAUUGGCCCUCUUCUGAAAACGUUUGCCACUAAUAUUGCAACGAUGUACUCGGAUGAGCGAGUGCCUCGCUUACUAGAGAAGACUUUGCUGCGCCAAGAGAAGUACAUCAUUAAAAAACUUGAAGAUCAAAUUAGAGGAUCCUGCCAGACCAAGAGUAGUACUGUUGAUGAAUCAUCUACACAGAUGGAUGUUCAUCUUCCUACUGAAGAAAGGAAUACUACAUCUGACGUUACUAGUCCUAUGCUUGCUGAGGAAGCUUCUGCUAGUCUUCCUAGUAGUGAUACGAGUAAAAACAAGCAGAAGAAAAUUGCUAGAUAUAUCAAAAGUCUGCUUAUGCGUCAGGACAGCAUUCAUGAAGCAAUUGAUUCCCAAUCCAUCGAGCGUAACUUACAACAUCUGGAAUUGUCCAAUUUGGAAGUAUCUGUUGUAUUGAAUAUCCAUAAUUUUUUCAGGCAAUUGGCUCUUCUACGUGUAAGAGAAGUAGAUGUGGACAAGCAUGUAUUAGUGAGCCUUCCUGUAGUAAAAGCCUGA